UACACAGGCGUUGGAAGUUACCCGAAUGUCUGAAUCUGAGCAAUGGCAGUCAUCAACACCUGCAGAUUUGUCACAUUCUUUGGCAACUUGUUAAACGAAUGAUUUUUUUGUUGUUAAUGGUACCUAGUCAUUGGUAGAAACUUGUUUUUCUGAUCCUUGCGCAGAGUUGGCCAUACAUAAUGUGAAAUUUUGUGAAACGUACGCGAGGUUAGUCUGCAUGCAGAAAAUAACAGUGUCUCUCUCUAUCGCGCUCUAUUCAGUUGGCAGCGUGGUUUCUACUGGAUUUUCGUACCUGUACGCCUGACGGUAGAGAACUGAUCCAACCUGAGCCAGCGCCAACGGCAUCAUGCACAUUUACGGUGUGGACGAUAAGGCCUUGCAUGCGUGGAACGCCGUGGACGUUCUCGUUGACGGAUUGCUGCAGCACGGCCGCGUUAUCGACGUAGCGAAGAAGGGACUGAUAAUCGAUUUCGGGUGCGAAUCCCAACAGGCGCAGUUGAUCGACCACGGACACAUCUUCCACUCCGUCAAACCGGAUUACAAUGUGGAUGCCCGUCAGGACCGCAGUGUGGAAGUGCUUCUGCGCGCCACCGCGAACAGCCCGUGGACCUGGUUCGCGGGUACCAUGGACCCCGGGAACUCUCUGAACUGCUGUGCCGAUGCGUGCAUCGUGGAAGUGCGGCUGCCGUACGGAUCCUUGACGGAGCUGGUGCCUCGCCAACAAGUGCGGCUACCGCCCUCGGGCGCGGAGCUUGUCAGACGCCGCGUGGGGGCGGAAGAAUUCCAGAUGCGGGAGUGUGCGUUGCCAGCGGCUUGGUCCAGGCCGCUUGUGUUUGGAAAUUGCGUCCGAUUGCUCCUGCAGCGAAGGCAUCCCGUCUGGUUUGGGAGCGUUAGCCAAGGCACGCUGCGCUACAUGCAGCGGGCCCGGGAGCGUCCGUUGCAGCCCUAUGAUCUGGAAGCCGUCUGCAUGGAGGCGUGGAAGGAGCAACAAAAUGAAAUCCCACGUCAGCUAACCAGUGCGGUUGCCGAACCGCCCGCGAAGCGACAGCGGACAUCCAGCGAGACCUGCGAAGCGGCGCUGCAUCUUCCCAGUGAAUUAAUGGUGGAGAUCUUCCAGUCUCUCGACUCCAUCAACCGCUUCCGCUAUCGCCGCGUCUCCGCCUUGUGGAACGCCAUCCUCACAACGGAAACCUACUUCUCCGAUGUGCACGUCUCCGGCCGCCCAGCGGACUACCCGGCAUCCUGGACCACGCCCGGCUUCUGGUUACUAGCCACAAUGUUCCACUGCGUUAAUAGUCGCACAAAGACCCUCAUCCUCACGCGCAUGAACGUCGGGCAGUGCGACUGCGCAACCCAGAUGAUCCGCCACAAAAUCGGGGGCAUUGGAACGCUGGUGUUUAAGCAGUGUGCCUGGUCCUAUCCGAGCUUUGCGGUGGGGGAAAUCCUGUGGCGUCGCGGGACUGUCAUGCGAGUGUGCGGUACUGCGCAGCGCGUGGUGUGGUCGCACUGCCGGAUUGAGGAACCCCGCCUGACGGCUAUUAUUCCGCAGUAUGCGCAUAGUUGCCAGCGGGAGCAGUUGGAGAUGGAACUGUGGGAUGUUUUUGAGAAGCAUCUCGUCCUGGAGGAACCAGUGGAUCGAACUGUUUUGGCGGAAUGGAUUGCGCAGUGCGUCCAGCAUGGUGGGUUCAGAUAUCUUACGACGAUGCUCUACACCUAUCUGCAAACGGAUCCGCGCCCUUCCAACCCCUAUCGUCACUGCUGGUGGACGGCGCCCACCGUCGCGGGUCUGCAGGUGGCCCAACUGACGCCGCUGGCCGCGGCGGCUCUCCGCUGUGCCAUGAAGGACAAGCAGUGGUAGGCGCCUAUGCGUCGGGGUUCUGCUGAUUCGCGUUGUCAUUUUGGGCCUUGCAGCUAAAGACGAACGAUGCCCUACGGGCUUAGUGUAACUGGAAUAAACCGAUGAAUUGAGUUUUUUUUACUACCCUCCAUGGAAUUACUUUUAGUUUUAGCGAAGGCCUACCCUAACUGAUUGGCUCUUCAGCGGCCGGUUAACAAGUUUGAUAAGAUUUCAGACGUACCGGUAGGUUAUUUUAUUGAUUUUAUUAGUAGACAAAUAUGUGGUUCCUGCAGAUUCUUUUGUUUGGGUCGCGUCAGUUUCUAACUUUCUAAAAGCCAUUACAGACUGCAGUAAACAGUACUGUAGGGAUAGUAUUUGUACGAACGAUAAUACCACUCCGUAAUGAUUCAUCUUCCAUCUCGUUACGAAUUGUCCACUUUACCGGCUAGUUUCCUUUCUCAUGAAUUUCUAGAAUUCAAUCUUUUACUCAGCUUGCUACAGCUUGCAUCUACUUGAUCAACCUUGUCCUAAACU